GAUUCCUUUUGAUUUGGCGCUGCAGGUCAGCUCGGAUUCGCGCCGUGACGGGGAAUUUGGGGGCUUUGCCGGACCCGCUGGCGGGCAGCUCCGGAAACGGGUACCACCCGUCGGAGGAUAUCGAGGAGUUGGUGUCGGUGAAUGAGGACGCUCGGCUCACUGACGCCGAGACUGCGAGGACAUUGGUCGAGGUGAAUAGCAAGGCAACACUUAUGUUUUCAGGACUAUCUGAUGAUGAAAUUCAUGAAAACAUCAUCUGGCCUGACUUGCCCUACUUAACCGAUGAGCGUGGAGGUAAGCUAAAAGAUAUAUACUUUGAGGUGAGCAACCAUGAGGACGUCCUGCAAUCCUUGAUUGGGGAUGAUAAAAUAGUGCAAGUUAUAAUAGGCUUGGAUAAUUUAGAAAUGCUCGAGGAGAUGGACUUUUCAGGGCCAUCUAAUUUGGAUUUUGGCACGGAAGAAAUAGUAGAUGAAGACAGUGAUGUCGAUGAGGACUCUGAUGAGGAUGCAUUUACUAUUCUUGAAGAUGAAGGAGAUGACUUGAUUUCUUCUGAAACAUCAAAUGAUUGGUCGAACUUGGAGACCAUGCAAUCUUCUCAUCCAAUGUACUUUGCUAGGAAAAUUGAGGAGGUUGUAUCAAAUGUCAAUUUGGACUGGAUGGAUCAGCCUUCUGCUAGUAUUGUUGUUCAAGGUGUCUUAAGACCUGCAUUUCAGGAAGAAAACAGCUUCAUUAAAAAGCAUUUGUCAGUAGGUGGUACUAAUAAUAAUAAAACCCACCACCUUGGGGAAGUUGUAGAAACAAAUAUGAAAGAGGAGCUGGAUAAAGAUCAAAGUUUACACAGUGCAACUGCAUUUUACAAGCUGGAGAUGAUUAGAAUUCAACUAGUUUCUUCAUAUGGCACUGAGUCUUUGGUGGAAGUUCAAGAUUUUCGAAGAGCUAGGCCAGAUGUUGUUGUCCGUCAUUCUGCAAAGAUAAUAUCUCAGCUAGAGGCUGCCGGUGACAAGACCUUUCAAGCUCUCAAAUCCCUUUGCUGGAGACUCAAGAGUAUCCAAGUAGAGGAGGCUGCUAUAACAGGUAUAGAUAGUCUUGGCUUUGACUUGAGGAUUUGCUCAGGGACACAAGUACAAACCUUAAGAUUUGCAUUCAAGACAAGGGCCACUUCUGAGUUGAAUGCUGAGAAACAACUCCAUGACCUUCUAUUUCCAAGAUUUUAAUACGAGAAUCAGAUAUGACGACAAGGUCAUCAAGAAGAUUGAUCUUUUCUCUUCUGAGCUGAAAAAUCAUGCUGAGAGCUCGGAAUCGAACUACCAAGGGUCUCAUUUAUUCAUCUUUUAGCAAUGGGCAUAAAAAUAUCCAGAGUUACCAAAUGUCCUGAUGUUAAUAUGUUGCUUCCUUUGGUUUCAACUAGCCUUUGUAACUUGCUCACUGUCAUUCUGAACGUUAUUUAUUGCAUUAUCCAUUUUAACUGUAAGUUGUUUAACUGAAGAAUUAGAGGUAUAAUCUUGUUUCAUUAUUAUCUUUGUAAUGAAAUGCUUGGGGACUUAGACCUCUCA